GGCACUGAUGAGACUGCACUGAUGGGCACUGAUAGGCGAGAAUGAUGGGCACUGAUAGGCGGGAAUGAGGAGACCCCUGUGCAGGGGCAGACUGACAAUUCAUGGGGCCCCUGGGCAAUAGGGGAUCAUGGGGCCCCUGAGUCCUUGCCUCAAAAAAGCCUAUGAAAAAGGUACCAGGGGCAUCUCAUGGAGCUCCCUACUGACCCCAGGCCCUCGGGCAGUGCCUGAGUUUCCAAAUGGUCAGUCCGCCCCUGCCCCUGUGUCUCACUGAAAUAAAGGCUUUCCUA